GCGCUCUAUAGGCUGCCCUGCAGCAUGUGACUAGAGUCAUGUGAUCUGCCCGCCUCACAUUCCAGCCACAGCACAUGGGAAGUUUUACUUCCUGCACCUGAGGAACAGGAAGUACCAUGUCUGGUCCUGAGAAAAGAACCCGCUUCAGCCCAGAGACAGCUCAGGAACAAGAGGAACAUUGCUCCUUACAGGAACAGAGAGAGCGAUGGGAGCGCAAGAAACUGCGAACGGCCAAAGCCCUGACCCAGACAGAACGGCAGUACGUGGGGCAACUGGAGCUCAUAACCAAGAUUUAUCAUGAAGUUUUUCGUGCUCGCUGUGGUCGGCUAAAAAUCGCUGAGACGGGAAUCUGUGGGCGCAUCCCGGAUAUCCUUGUGGCAAACAGGGCUCUUCUCUCUGCAAUGGAUCUUGGUGACUUUGGAUCUGGAUUUGAGAACUUUACAGAAUCUCUCAGUCUCUAUAAGGAGCACGCAGACAGCAUAGAGCCCACUUUGCAGGCAUUACAGUACCACAGUAAGAAGAAGAAAUCCUUCCUGCGAUUCCGGAAGCUUCAGGAGAGUCGCUCGGAGCUAAAAGGGCGACCGUUGGAGCAACUCCUGGAACUGCCGCUGCUCAGAGUACUCGAGUACAGACAUUAUCUGAGAGAUUUGGCAGAGAACAGCCUCCCGGGGGCCUCUGACUUUGCCCAACUGAAAGGCGCUCUCCAUGCAGUCGGAGAUGUUUGUCAGUACAUCGAUGGUAUUGCCCAGAACUGUGAGAACGACCGGCAGCUCCGCAGGGUCCAGAGCUUGAUUAAAGGCCGUCGGGUCCGACUCCUGAUUCCAGGGCGGCGCUAUAUCCGGGAAGGGUGGCUGUCCCUAGUGCCCCAGAGUGGGGAGGAGGUUAAGAAGCGAAUGCUUUUCCUGUUCUCUGAUGUCCUUGCUGUUGCUUCUCCGUGCCACCCAUUGCACCCAAUCAAUGCUCACAAGUUUGCGUGCCGCGCUCUCUACCCCCUGAGAGAGUGCCAAGUGGAGAGGGUGCUGGGACAUACCCAGAGCCGAGGCGGCUUAAUUAGUCUCACCUUUGCCAAAGAGAAGCUUCUCCUCAUGUCCACAGACCAAAAGGAUAUAAACGACUGGUACGAGUGCCUGGUGGCCGCUGUGCGGAAACUUUCUUUAACCAAUGGGAAACGCACAAAAUCUGCACCCAGUGAUUCUUUUGAGGGUAAAGAUGCAGCGGAAGCGAAACCCAGAACUGCGCAGCCGAGAGUCACAAAGAGGAGCUGGGAUGGAAACGUGAAGGAGGGCCCCCAGGCGCGGCACUGCCCUGACUCCGUGUCACAGGCGCGGCACUGCCCUGACUCCGUGUCACAGGAGGAGACUGUACCCAAAAGAGCCAGGAUUGGGAAUGACAGAUCCAUCUGGUCACAACCCCCUGCUGAACCCAAUGAGCCCAGAACCGGAUGGAGCUGCUUCCUACUCUGACUGCUUCCUCCUGGGACAGAGAGGGUUCUAGUCUCCCUGCAUUCUAUCUGGGACUGACAGGAUCCAAAACACUCUGUGCAUUAUACCAAGUUCUAUGCCAUGUAUCAUUGUGAAUGAGUAUUAUGGGUACUGGAUAGUGCAGGGACAUUUGUACCUACAGCACUGUGGGUAGUAGUGCAGCGAGAGACAUUUCUGAUGGGUUGGGGGCUAAGUCUUCACCAUCUCUGAUGGGUUGGGGCUAAAGUCUUCGCCAUCUCUGAUGGGUUGGGGCUAAAGUCUUCGCCACCUCUGAUGGGUUGGGGCUAAGUCUUCUCCAUCUGUGAUAGGUUGGGGCUAAGUCUUCGCCAUCUCUGAUGGGUUGGGGCUAAGUCUUCGCCAUCUCUGAUGGGUUGGGGCUAAGUCUUCGCCAUCUCUGAUGGGUUGGGGCUAAGUCUUCGCCAUCUCUGAUGGGUUGGGGCUAAGUCUUCGCCAUCUCUGAUGGGUUGGGGCUAAGUCUUCGCCAUCUCUGAUGGGUUGGGGCUAAGUCUUCUCCAUCUCUGAUGGGUUGGGGCUAAGUCUUCGCCAUCUCUGAUGAGUUGGGGCUAAGUCUUCGCCAUCUCUGAUGGGUUGGGGCUAAGUCUGCUCCAUCUCUGAUGGGUUGGGGCUACGUCUUCGCCAUCUCUGAUGAGUUGGGGCUACGUCUUCGCCAUCUCUGAUGAGUUGGGGCUAAGUCUUCGCCAUCUCUGAUGAGUUGGGGCUACGUCUUCGCCAUCUCUGAUGAGUUGGGGCUAAGUCUUCGCCAUCUCUGAUGAGUUGGGGCUACGUCUUCGCCAUCUCUGAUGAGUUGGGGCUACGUCUUCGCCAUCUCUGAUGGGUUGGGGCUAAGUCUUCGCCAUCUCUGAUGAGUUGGGGCUAAGUCUGCUCCAUCUCUGAUGGGUUGGGGCUAAGUCUGCUCCAUCUCUGAUGGGUUGGGGCUAAGUCUGCUCCAUCUCUCAUGGCUCUGUGAAAGCAGCAGAAACGUACAGAUAAAUGGAUCACAUCUAUGACUUUGGAAUUAAAUCAAACAUGUUUAUACACUGAUGGAAGAAAUACUUUUAUUUUUGAUUUUACAGAUUUUUAACAAUGUUUUAACAUUUCUGAAGUAAAUUCCUUCCAGGAAAGAGAGAAACUGCAGAAUAAAACUGAUGUUUCUGAGAA